AGACAAGUGACUGACUGUCAAGUCAAAAUAAAUUUUACAAAUACUAUGGUGGGCUCCUAAGUUAUGUUGGAAAAUAACAAAAAAAUAUAUUUUAUCAUAUAAAUUGACGCAAAUAUUGCACAGAAUGCCUCUUAUACGUUCUGCUAGUUUUAAUUUAUUCAUCGAAAUACUAGUCCGUGUGAUUUUACUGUCAUCUUUUUGUUACAUGGAAACAAUGACGCCGUUCACGCGCAAGAUUCUGCCAGAAGAGCUCCCUGACUAUAAGUAUCCGCGUAGGGACUCGUUUGUACCCAGCGGCAUGCUGUGGGCCAUCGUGCUAUCUGUCCCGUUCACACUGUCGCUGAUUGCGUGGGCGGUUUGCAACGACUGCAAUGAUGCUCUGGAGUUGCUGUUAGCGUGGUCAUUGGCGUUGGGAAUCAAUGGGGUGUUGACUGACACGAUUAAAUUAAUAGCAGGCCGUCCAAGACCUGACUUCUUCUACCGCUGCUUCCCAAACGGCGAACAGAAGGAAGACAUGGCGUGCACAGGGGAUCCUGUGGACAUCAUGGAGGGGAGGAAGUCAUUCCCUAGUGGACACAGCAGUUUGUCGUUCUGUUCGCUGGGCGUCGCGUCCGCGUGGCUGUGCGGCCGACUGGGCGCGCUGUCGCGACGGCGAGGCAGCGCGCCGCGCGUGCUGGCGUGCCUCGCGCCGCUCGUGCUGGCCGCCUGCGUCGCGAUGUCGCGCAGCUGCGACUACCACCACCAUUGGCAGGAUAUCCUCGUGGGCUCCAUUCUCGGCUAUGCUGUGGCCAUUUGCUGCUAUCGGCAGUAUUACAACGCGCUGUCAUCAGACCUGGCUGGUAUACCGUACGUCGUAUCGAAUACACUAUCGAAAUACGACAACGGGAAACCGGACUGCAGUCCACUAAGAGACAGCAAAGAGGUGGAAUCCACACCUUUAUUGAACGGGAGGAAGGAGGACAAAUGGAUUUAAGAAAGAGAAAAAGAA